CAUCCAUCCAGGCAGACAGGCAAAAAGUGCUGGCCUGCUUCACCAACCGAAGCACCCACAAGUGCAAAACACAAUGAAUAUCAGCGACAAAGCCGAACAGACCAAAACUCUCUGUCGGUGCAUUUCUUUUCAGCAUCUGCCACAGCACAUGGAGUCAGAAAGAUAAACAGCAGGGCCGAUGAGGUCUCCCAACGGCGGACCUUCACAGGACACACUAUAGACCUGCACUCGAGUACCCACACAAUCAAUGAGCGAGGCAGCCACACGAUGCCGUGGUCCCAUUCCCUCCCUCUCUGUGUGUCCAUACUCACGUGGUAUCCGCCGCGGCAUCCUUGGUAGUCGGCGUCUGCAUGUGGGCCGCCAAUGCAGUUCUCGUCAACGUCGCCGAGGUCGCACGUGACUACACAGCUCUGGAGCUCCCGCAGCUGCGGCUCUCCAUCAGCCACGGCAGCAGCAGCAGGGUGGCCCUCCUGCCCAUCGCUGCUGUCGGCAGCAUUCACCUCCUCAAGACGGUGUCGUCGCGCAACGCACUCCGCAGAGCAAUCGCUGAUGCACGAGUCGAUGCACUCGCCCCCCAGGCCCGACUCAGAGCAGAAACCGCCACAGAAGGCGCCUGCAGCCAAGUGCGAACACAUGUGAAGUCAUACAACCGAUGAGUGGAUGAUGAUCUCGAGCAUUGACCAUACCGCACAGAUCGAUGCAUAGGGCCUCCGGGUCGACCUGAAGGCGCCGCGCCACAGCGCCGCCUGCCGCCACUGACGAGUCCUCUCUCUCUUGAACACCUGCAGCCACGGGCCAUGAGUGGAUGAUCGUACCACCAUGGGAUCUCUGUCUGUUCGUGUGUGUGUCUGUGUGUGAGUAUGUGUGUGUGUACCUCUGAUGGCGGAUUUAGGUAGCUGUUGAUGCGACGGCGAGGGUCAGCAGCAUCAGGGCAACCGUCGAAGAGCAAGAGGCCAUUGCUGCUGUGGGACUGGUGGACACGGGGGCAAAGGUGUGUGCCGGUGGGAGGAGUGAACAGAAGCUGAGGCCGAUGGCAAGGAGCCAAGGAGGGAGGUGUGCAGCUGGAGAAGUCGGUUGGCGAUGGUUUGUUGUCCGUCUUUGAGCGCCUCAUGGGACAGUAGACAGCAGGGGACAGCUGUCUACUGUCUUCG